CUCAGCGAUCACAAACAAACAACCAUCACAACUCGACACGCAAACUCCUUUUUUCAACUACUACAUCACAAACAAUCAAUCAUCAUGGACACCAUCAAGCAGGCCGGCAACUACGUCUCUGACAAGAUCUCCAGCGCCACCCACGCUGCUUCCAAGGAGGCCAACAAGGACGUUGCCAAGAACGAAAACGCCAACAUCGGCACUCGUGUCCAAGCGGCCGGCGAUGCCGUCGCGGACAAGGUCAAGGAGCACAAGGACGACGCCUCGGCCGAGGCCAACAAGCAGGCCGCCACCCACUGAAUCAACGCCUCUCGUCACAAGCGCUAACAACGAACUCUCCUCUGUUUUGUCACUCGGCUUUUGCUACAUGACAUAACAUGACAUGACAUGAGAGGGACGACGGCUGUUAUGAGAUUUUUCUCCCUUAUAUUCCUUGGGUUUUUUCCGGGUUUAAUAAUCUUUUGGAUGGAGCUCUGGGAAGGAAGGAAGAUCGCAAUGACACAAACACAAUAAAUAACGCCAAUAACUGGCUUUCUUAGCUAGAAGACAAUUACUCAACCACGCGUUGUCAAAACUG